AUGGAAAUUGAUGAGCUAGUCAUUAUCGUUACAAGAACAUCAGUAUAUUACCAUAAUAACUUUUUAGUUAAGGAGCCAUGUAGAAAUUCACCUCACACUGGUUGGAAAUUUAUGAUGGAAAUACUUAAUGGAAAUGAUCGACGUUGUCAUGAGAUGUUUCGAAUGGAAAAACAUAUUUUUUGUAAACUUUGUGAUAGAUUGAGAAGUUAUGGGUUAAAGUCCAGUAAAGGGUUGAGACUAGAAGAGUCAGUUGGUGAAACUGUUAGUAGACAAUUUACAAAUGUAUUGGAAAAAAUGAGUAUGCUUGCUUUGGAUGAAAUCAAACCACCUGAAAAUUUUGACGAAGUCUCGUAUUAUAUACGAAAUAAUCCGAGAUAUUGGCCCUACUUUAAGGAUUGUAUUGGAGCUAUAUAUGGAACACAUGUUCGAGUUUCACUUCCCGUAGAUAAACAAAUUCCAUACAUUGGAAGAAAGGGUUGUCCUGCGCAAAAUAUUAUGGCUGUAUGUGUAUUUGAUAUGCUGUUCACAUUUGUGUGGGCAGGAUGGGAUGGAACAGGACAUGAUACUCUUAUAUUUCUUGAAGCAUUAAGAAAUACAAAUUUAAAUUUUCCUAAACCACCCAAUGGUAAGUAUUAUUUACUUGAUGCAGGGUAUCCAAAUACGAAAGGUUAUUUAGCUCCAUAUAAAGGGCAAAGAUAUCACCUUCCUCAAUUUCAACAAGGUAGUCAACCUAGUGACUAUAAAGAAGUAUUUAACCAUGCUCAUUCAUCAUUACGUAGUGUUAUUGAGCGUUGUUUUGGUGUAUGGAAAGCAUGUUGGCAAAUUUUGCAUCGAAUGCCUAGUUAUGGAUAUGAUAAACAAGUAGCUAUUGUUACUGCUUCAAUGGCUUUACAUAAUUUUAUUAGGAGAGAGACUAUUAAUGAUAUGGACUUUCCGUCUUAUGAUGAAGCAAAUAAUGAUUUUGUAGACGAUGAUGUACAAAACAUUAACUUAGCAAGAGAUGAGAGUGAAAUGGGAGUUGUCCGAGAUAAAAUUGCAGCUGAACUCAUGCUGAGAUAA